AAACGAACAAUAAUAAUAAUUGCAAAAAUAAUUUAAAAAUAUAAAGGAACAACGAACUAAAAAAAAGUGUGGAAGUAAUAAUAGUAAGAACACAAAGGUACGAGUUUGUUGGCAUAGAUUGGUUUGGUUAACGAACGCUUCAACGGCAAAAUUUCCCGGCUAGAAGGCUUCCUCUCUCUCUCUCUCUUUCAUCUCCAUGCGCAUCAAUUCCCAUUUCCUCGCGCAUAAUUUCCAUCUCCUCCUAAAGGAUGCGUAAUUGAAGCUCAAAAUUGGCAAUAACUGGAGGAGGAGAAGUUGGAAGGGUUGUGUGGGUGAGUGAUUAGGGUCCUCAGAUCUGGCUGGGGUUUUUGUUUUUCUUUUGGAGAUUGAGGUGAAAGAAAGAGAAGAAGAAGAUGAGCGCUUCUAGGUUCAUCAAGUGUGUCACUGUUGGGGAUGGAGCUGUGGGUAAAACUUGUUUGCUUAUCUCCUACACCAGCAACACCUUCCCCACUGAUUAUGUGCCAACUGUCUUCGACAAUUUCAGUGCAAAUGUGGUUGUGAAUGGAAGCACUGUUAAUCUGGGUUUGUGGGACACGGCAGGACAAGAGGAUUAUAACAGAUUAAGACCUUUGAGUUAUCGUGGUGCCGAUGUUUUCAUACUGGCUUUCUCCCUCAUAAGCAAGGCCAGUUAUGAAAAUGUUUCCAAAAAGUGGAUUCCAGAGUUGAAGCAUUAUGCACCUGGUGUUCCCAUUAUUCUGGUUGGCACAAAGCUUGACCUUCGGGAUGAUAAGCAGUUCUUCGUCGACCAUCCUGGUGCUGUGCCCAUUACCACUGCUCAGGGAGAAGAGCUUAGAAAGCUGAUCAAUGCACCUGCUUAUAUCGAAUGCAGUUCAAAAUCACAGCAGAACGUGAAGGCAGUGUUUGAUGCAGCCAUAAGAGUUGUCCUUCAACCACCAAAGCAAAAGAAAAAGAAGGGUAAAGCACAAAAGGCCUGUUCGAUAUUGUGAUUUGCUAUGUCGUCUAAAAAAUUUGACAACCAUUUGUCCAAACCUGUAUUUCUCUCCUCUUCUUCCUUUUAUUCAUUCGUAUGCUAUUGAAGAAGUUGGAGUCUAUGUGGGUGUUCGUCUAACAUAUUUCCUUGAAGCAUAAGGUGGUUGAUGCUUUGAUUUCUUGGAAUUAGUAUUAUUGUGAAUUCUAAUUGUCAAAUUUGCAUUUCAUGGUUCCCACCUUUUUCUUAACUUACGUUUUAUGUAUUAAUAGACUGGAAUAUCCCAGUUAGGAUGACGACCUUUGUUUGCUUGAAGAUAUAUAUAAUAUCUAAAUUAUUUUGUAUUUGGUUAUAAUGCUUGCUCUCUGCAAAGAUUUCUAGUUGUCA